AUGAACGGUACAUUCAUAUUAGAGAAACAAGGAGAACAACAACGACACAAUCAUGACGACGACAAGGACAACGACAACAAAAACAAGGAGAACAACAACGACACAAUCAUGACGACGACAAGGACGAUGACAACAACGUCGGUUGAUGACAAUGACGACGGCGACAACGACGACAAGGACGAUGCCAACAACAACGUCAACAAGGACAAUGACAACGACAACAAGAACAAGAAGAACAACAACGACAACGACACAAUCACGACGAUAACAAGGACAAUGACAACGACAACGUCAAUAAGAAUGAUGACCACGACAACGACAACAUCAACAAGGACAACGAUGCCAACAACAAGACAACGACAACAGAAACAAGAAGAAAAAUAA